CAAAACCCAACUCUUCUUUCAAGGUGAGAAAUGGCACGCAAGAAGAUCCGAGAGUACGACUCCAAGAGGUUGUUGAAGGAACACUUCAAGAGGAUCGCUGGCCGUGAAUUGCCUCUCAAAUCUGCCCAGAUUACCGAAUCAACUGAUUUCAAUGAGCUACUUGAGAAGGAGACUUGGCUCUCUACUUCCAAGUUGGUUGUCAAGCCUGACAUGUUGUUUGGAAAGCGUGGGAAGAGUGGUUUGGUUGCCUUGAACCUGGAUUUCGCCCAAGUCGUCACCUUUGUGAAGGAGCGCCUAGGCAAAGAGGUUGAGAUGGGUGGCUGCAAAGGACCCAUCACAACAUUCAUUGUCGAGCCCUUCAUUCCCCACAAUGAAGAGUUUUAUAUUAACAUCGUCUCAGAUAGACUUGGGAAUAGCAUAAGCUUCUCAGAGUGUGGAGGAAUUGACAUUGAGGAGAACUGGGAUAAGGUCAAGACCAUAUUUGUCCCAACGGGAGCUUCCCUUACACCAGAUGUAUCUGCUCCACUUGUUGCAACCCUUCCCUUGGAGAUUAAGAGCGAAAUUGAGGACUUUAUCAAGUCCGUAUUUGCUCUAUUUCAAGAUCUCGACUUCACUUUUCUGGAGAUUAAUCCUUUUGCAUUGGUUGAUGGAAAGCCAUAUCCUUUGGAUAUGAGAGGCGAGCUGGAUGACAUUGCUGCUUUCAAGAACUUCAAAAAGUGGGGCAAUAUUGAAUUUCCAAUGCCAUUUGGAAGAGUUAUGAGUCCUACAGAAAAGUGA